CUAUAUUUUAUACACACCCCCCUCCGAAAAACACACCGCCGAAUCAUCUCCGAUUUCUUCUCUCUCUCCGAUCCAAUCUCCGUCAACUCAAUGGCUCCACCUUCUUCCGUACCAAAUGGCGGUGCCGUAACCACCGGAAAACCGCCGGUCACUAGCCGCGUAUCAUCGGUCUACAGUGAAGUACAGAACAGCCGUCUCGAUCAUCCGCUUGCUCUACCCUCGGUUUUCCAAAAGCCGUUCAAAGUUGUUGACGGUCCUUCUAGCUCUGCUGCCGGAAAUCCAGAUGAGAUUGCAAAGCUUUUUCCAUCUCUGUUUGGACAACCUUCAGCAGUCUUGGAGCCAAGUGAAUCAAACGAACCAGGUUCGGCUUUGAAGAUUGGUGUGGUGUUAUCUGGAGGCCAAGCUCCAGGAGGACACAAUGUUAUAUCUGGGAUGUUCGAUUACUUGCAGGAACGCUGCAAAGGAAGCACCUUAUACGGGUUUAAAGGUGGUCCAGCGGGGAUCAUGAAGGGAAAAUACGAGAUCUUGACCCCGGAGUAUAUCUAUCCUUACAGAAAUCAGGGAGGAUUCGAUAUGAUCUGUAGUGGAAGAGAUAAGAUUGAGACUCCAGAGCAGUUUAAGCAAGCUGAAGAUACAGCAACGAAGCUUGAUCUGGACGGGCUUGUUGUUAUUGGUGGAGAUGAUUCAAACACUAAUGCUUGUCUCCUUGCUGAAUAUUUUAGGAGUAAGAAUUUGAAGACUCGAGUCAUUGGAUGCCCUAAGACCAUUGAUGGGGACUUGAAAUGUAAAGAAGUUCCUACGAGUUUUGGCUUUGAUACUGCCUGUAAGAUCUAUGCUGAACAGAUUGGAAAUGUUAUGAUAGAUGCCCGCUCAACAGGAAAAUAUUAUCAUUUUGUACGACUUAUGGGACGUGCUGCUUCUCACAUUACAUUAGAAUGUGCUUUACAAACUCAUCCAAACAUUACUCUUAUUGGAGAGGAGGUUGCCUCCCAGAAGCUGACACUGAAAAAGGUUACAAACUACAUAGCCGAUGUAAUUUGUAAGCGAGCAGAUCUUGGAUAUAAUUACGGUGUGAUAUUGAUACCCGAAGGACUUAUUGAUUUCAUUCCUGAGGUGCAAACACUAAUUGCUGAGUUAAACGAAAUUCUGGCUCAUGAAACUGUCGACGAGAGUGGAAUUUGGAAACAGAAACUUGUUCCGGAAUCUUUGCAGCUUUUUGAGUUGCUUCCUUCAGCAAUUCAAGAUCAAUUGUUGCUUGAAAGAGAUCCCCAUGGAAACGUUCAGGUUGCCAAAAUCGAAACCGAGAAAAUGCUUAUUCAAAUGGUUGAAACAGAGUUAGAACAGAGGAAGCAAGUGGGUCAAUAUACACAACAGUUUAAAGGACAAUCCCACUUUUUCGGAUAUGAAGGAAGGUGUGGUUUGCCCUCAAACUUUGAUUCUUCAUACUGCUAUGCGUUGGGUUAUGGUGCUGGAGCUCUACUUCAGAGUGGGAAAACUGGAUUAAUAUCAUCGGUCGGGAAUUUAGCUGCACCAGUUGCAGAAUGGACAGUUGGCGGAACUCCAUUGACUUCAUUAAUGGACGUUGAGAGGAGACAUGGUAAAUUCAAGCCUGUGAUAAAGAAGGCAAUGGUUGAACUUGAUGGUGCACCGUUCAAGAAAUUUGCAUCAAAGCGAGAAGAGUGGGCCCUUCAGAACAGAUAUAUUAGUCCUGGUCCCAUUCAGUUUACCGGGCCAGUGGCCGAUAUCUCUAACCACACCUUAUUGUUGGAGCUUGGAGUUCAAGUCUAGGUACCCCCAUGUUCAUGGGAAGGUCGUUUAAUGAUAAUGUUGGACCGGAUCCGAGUGUUUUGGUAUGAAUUUGAAUAUGAUUGGAUUUUUCAAUUGUUUUUGGUUUAGUUUUAAGAUUAUUAGGCCCAAGAUGGUGCCAAUGGCAAUAUGCUUGAUCUUGUUUUAUAACUGUUCUGAUUAAUAAAAGGGUUUUGAUUCCUGUUUUU